GUCCGCCUCCGCUCUCUUGGCCACCUCGCUCUUCCCUCGGGCGGAAGCCAGCUUAUCGUUCCAAACCGCUCAUUGGCUCUCGGCUCCCACGGUCUCACCCACGCUCGCUUCUCGUUCCAAGGGUUUGGGGUUUGGGUUCGGCGGGGUGAGACGGUGGUUUGCCCGAUCUGAUUGACCUAGAGUUAGAGGCGGGAGGGCAUGUCCAACCCACCGGCGAGCCCCUCCGGCGACGUCGGGAGCCGCAUUAGUGGCAGCCUCGCGGCCGGCGGCAGCAGGGAGGAGCGGGGCGCGUUCCUGCCCAUCGCCGACAUCAGGCGCAUCAUGAGGAAGGCCAUCCCGCCCAACGGGGAGAUCGACGAGGAGGCCGCGCAGGAGCUCGUCCCCGAGGCGAGGGGCGACGGAUGCAAGAGGGCGAGGCCGGAGGCCAUGGCCGGCGACGACCUGCUGCCCGAGAUGACGAAGCAGGGGUUUCAGGCCUACCCGCACAAGAACAGAGUGGAGCUCCCUUGCACAAUGGAGGCUGAGCCAAACCCAUUGCCUGUAUCUGAUGCCAGGGAUUGGUCUGAGCUCCCACUCGAUGCGCUUUCUGCAAUCUUCAUGAAGCUUGGGACCAUUGAGAUCCUGAUGGGUGCCGGACUUGUGUGCCGCUCAUGGUUGGUGGCAGCCAAGUCCCCUGAGCUGUGGCGUUUUGUGGACAUGACCCGCCACAAGUUGGUUUUCUCCAAGGGGGGAAACGUCAUGUACAAAAUGGCAAAGGUGGCUAUAGAUCGGUCUGAUGGACGGAUGGAAUCGUUCUGGGCUCAGAAGUUUGUCACUAGUGAACUCCUGAAUUACAUUGCAAGCAGAUGCAACUCAUUGAAGAGCAUUCGGCUCAUCGGUGCCUAUUACUUUUGGGAUGAUGAGGACGUAGUAAUUAAGCUUGCAGCUAAAUGUCCAAUGCUAGAAGAGAUAGAGUACUCUGGUCAGAAGCUGACAUGGGACUUUUUCAAGGGGAUUGGUGCAGCGCGCCCAGCGCUGAAGCGUCUAAGAGUCUGUUUGCCGUGGUUCGAUUCAGAUUCAAUAGAGCGUGAGAUCAGGAUGGAACAGCGCCAAAACGACGAGGAGGAAGAGGAGGAGGAGGAGGAGCCUUAUGAGGCCUGGGAGGCGAGACACAAUGAGGAGGCCUUCGCCAUAGCAAAGAGCUUGCACGAGCUGCGGCUCCUUCAGAUGGCAGGCUACGGCCUGACUAAGAAAGGGGUGUAUGCCAUCCUUGAAGGCUGCCCCCACCUUGAGUUCCUCGACCUUAGAGAAUGCGGCCACCUCCUAGUUGACGCUGAACUCAAAGCUCGCUGUGCCAAUAUCAAGCAUGUCCGGCUGCCAGGAGCGUGGCCUCACGCUCAUUGCCCAGAACUUGAUACCAUUGAGGAGGACGAAGGUGAAGUGAUCGAGAUGCCUAAUCUCUAUGAAAUAGAGGCUCAGGCUCUCCACAACGAGGCAGCGAUGGACAAUGAUGACUACGGCGAGAACUACUGGGAUGACUACUCGCUCCCCUCCCCCCCUGGCUCGCCUGUGCCGACCUACUCCAUGGAUGAUCCCAGAUACUACUGGGAGCUGUAACAGGUGCAGCUGUGCCAUGUUCAGUAGUCCAAAUCACUGUCUUGGUGUUUUGGAUCCUGAAGAGCGUGUGUGUAUCCCUGCAGGAGAGCUUUUGAUGUACAGGCAAGCCAAGGGUGCUUUUGAACCAUCUGCCUUUAGUGUGCGUUUUACUACUUUGUGUAAAUGGUUGGACGGGCAGCUUGCAAGUGUCGUACUACGCAGCUCUAUUCUCACGUUAAUUGCUUGAACCUUUACCUGAGCUUA